AUGGCUUCUUCUCUGAAUUUCCUUCUCCUCUGUUUUCUGCCUUCCCUUUGUGUUUUUGCCCAAACCCGAAGAAGUAACAUCACUGUGGGUGAUUCUUUCAACGCAGAUGGCAAUUCCUCAUGGGUGGUUUCACCUUCUGGGGAUUUCGCCUUUGGCUUUCAACCCCAUAAAAAUAAUAGUUUCUUCUUGCUCUCCAUCUGGUAUGCCAACAUUCCAAACAUAACCGUUGUUUGGUAUGCAAAUGGAGACAAUCCUGCUCCAAAGGGGUCAAGAGUUCAGCUUACUGCAGCAGAAGGGCUUAAGAUUACUUCUCCUGAUGGUCAAACUCUAUGGACACCAGAAGUGAGCCCUUCAGGUGCCGUUGCUCAUGGUGCCUUGAAUGACUUGGGCAACUUUGUUCUUCAGGAUGGCAGCUUUAAGUCUGUCUGGGAGACCUUUGGGAAUCCCAGAGACACCAUGUUGCCCUCACAAAUUUUGGAGAAGGGAGAAAAGCUUUCUUCUCGGAAGUCAGAUGCGGAUUUCGCACGGGGAAAGUUUCGACUUGUUCUUCAGGAUGAUGGUAAUCUUGUCAUGCAUUCUGUAAACUUACCAUCUGGGUACGCUAAUGAAGACUAUUACGACACUGGUACUGUUGAGUCCAAUGCCUCAAGUGCUGGAAUUCAACUGGUCUUCAACAAAACGGGAGACUUUUAUGUUAGAAUGAAGAACAAUGGUACGUACCCCUUCUCAGACCAGAGCAUAGGCUCUCCAACUCAAUUUUAUCUUCGAGCUACUCUUAACUUUGAUGGAGUUCUCACUUUCUAUCAACAUCCCAAGAGGUCCACUGGUAAUGAAACUUGGACACCUGUCUGGUCUCAGCCAGAUAACAUUUGUAAGCGUCAGCGGGUCAGUGAAGGAACAAGCAUUUGCGGGUAUAAUGGCUAUUGCACAUUGGGUGAAAAUAGUAGGCCACAGUGUCAAUGCCCACCACGUUAUUCCCUACUGGAUCCUCUUGAUCCAUAUGGUGGUUGUAAACCAGAUUUCGUCCAGGGCUGUAAAGAAGAUGAGCUUAGUCAGAGGAAAGAUCUGUAUGAGUUUGAAGUGUUGACAGAUGUAGAUUGGCCUCUCUCUGACUAUGUGCUUCAAAGGCCUUUUACAGAAGAUCAGUGCAGAAGUGCCUGCAUGGAAGAUUGCUUCUGUGCCGUUGCCAUUUUCAGAUCAGGUGACAGUUGCUGGAAGAAGAGGUGGCCACUUUCAAAUGGCCAAUACGACACGGGUCUUAAUGGUGCUAAGGCCUUGAUCAAGGUCAGGAAAGACAAUUCCUCCUUAAUUGGUCCUCCUGGUCCUCCAAUCAUCAAAGGAAAGAAUCAGGACACUUUGGUUUUGGUGAGCUCUGUCCUCUUAGGUAGCUCUGCCUUUCUUAAUCUCGUAUUAAUUGGAGCAUGCUGUCUAGGUUUUUCCUUCAUUUAUAAAUUGCAGAAGAAGCGUACAAGUGUUUGCCGAAGUGACAGUGCUGUUGAAACCAAUUUGCGUUGUUUUACUUAUAAGGAACUUGAAGAGGCUACAAAUGGAUUUAAGGAAGAGUUAGGAAGAGGAGCUUUUGGUGUUGUUUAUAAAGGAAUCAUAGAAAUGGGCACUGCAGUAACUGUGGCAGUCAAAAGGUUGAACACCUUUCUUGUGCAAGAAACUGAGAAGGAAUUCAAGAAUGAAGUUAAUGUCAUUGGCCAGACCCAUCACAAGAAUUUGGUUCGUUUGCUUGGGUUCUGUGAGGAGGGGACAGAAAGGCUGCUGGUGUAUGAGUAUAUGAGCAAUGGCACAUUAGCAAACCUUCUUUACGGCGACCCAAAACCCAACUGGAACCUACGCCUAAAAAUGGCUUUUGGGAUUGCAAGAGGACUUGUUUAUUUACAUGAAGAUUGCAGCACCCAGAUCAUCCACUGUGAUAUAAAGCCUCAAAACAUACUCCUUGAUGACUACUUUAAUGCUCGUAUCUCUGACUUUGGAUUGGUCAAGCUCUUAAAUAUGAAUCAGAGCCGAACCAAUACAGGUAUAAGGGGAACAAAAGGGUAUGUUGCACUUGAAUGGUUCAAGAGCAUGCCUGUCACGGCCAAGGUAGAUGUCUAUAGCUUUGGAGUCCUGUUGCUGGAAAUUAUCUGUUGCAGAAGAAGCGUGGACAUGGAACCAGAGAAUGAGGAGAGAGCAAUCUUAGCAGAUUGGGCUUGUGACUGUUACACGGCAGGUUCUCUAGAAGAUUUGGUUGAAGAAGAUCAAGAGGCACUGCAAGACAAGAAGAACCUAGUAAAGUUAGUAAUGAUUGCCAUUUGGUGUAUUCAAGAGGACCCAACUCUCAGACCCACCAUGAGGAAAGUUUCUCAGAUGCUUGAAGGAGUUUCUGAAGUGCCUGCUCCACCAUGCCAGAUCCCAAAUAGUGAAACUCUUGGUCACUAUCAUUCACUCACUUUGGAGGAUUGACAGUUUAUCAUAUGAUAAUACUAUUUCUAGUCCUUAGUAUAAGAACUAGUCGACUCAUUUGAGUAUAUUGAGAAAAUUAGUUAAAUUAGUUAUUUGUAAUAAAUAUGUGUUAUCUUUUCUAAACUAUCUUUGGUAAUCAAGUGUAUAGGCUGGAAUUACCAUUAUUACAAGAACUAUUUUGAAAAAAAAGGAUAAAUGUAAGAGAAAAAGUAGAUUGAGAUAUUAUAUUUAGAAUCAAAAUAAAAGUUAAACAAGUUUUUUUUUAUUAAGGAGUCGAGGUGUCAGUUUACUCUUUGUUUGUUUUAAGAAGAUAUAGUGCAUAUGUUGUUGGUAGUCCUUCAGUAUGCUAAUAUUGAAGGAAAGGAAUAAUAUGACUUGCGCGGUUAAGAGAUUCGGAGGAGUUUUAAGUUUUGGAAUCUCCUUCUGAUAAUACACGCACACAUAUUUAUAUGUAUAUAUGUACGUAUGUAUAUCUUUCGCUAGUUAAA